CAAUUUCGCAACGCAGUGAAUCUGUUGUUUUUCCGAGUUUUUCCGCGAUCGCGAAGUGCGCGUUAGAGUUAAUCGCUGUCUGAAAUCCCGUUAAGCUGGAGAAGUGGAAGAGAACGCGCAAUUCCACCAAGAAGAUGGAUGGGCGAGGGGUUGGCGGCGGCGGUGGUGGUGCUGCCACAGGGGGAGGAUCCACCAACAACAAAUCAGCUGUUGGAAAUAGCGCCGCCACUGGAAAUGCCGAUGCAUCUACCGCCGCAGCGGCGCCCGUUGAUAAGCCAACGAUUCUGGAAGGCGUUCUCCACAACAUCUUCGAUGGGCUGAUGGACAAGGAGGAGCAGGUGCGGAUUGCCAUGCAGCAGGCGAUCGUGAAAAUCUUGGAGACCCAUCCGGAGCGGGCUGCAGAGAUCCUUAGCGAACAUCGAUCGCAGCAGCCCAAGAUGACCGAUCAAACAGUGGCCAUGUUGUUGGACUGCAUUCGUCGCGUGGUGGGUGCGGAAACUCCUCUGCCGCCGGCUGCCAAUCAGAAACUUAUUGCUCUGGCACUGCAGGAACUCACCAAGAAUCCCGAGCACGUGCCCCUCAUACAGAAUCCCGCCCAGCGCAUCCUGGUAGCCAUCGGACGGAGCAGCCCAGAGAGUUGUGAGCAGGUGAUGGACGCGCUCCAGGAGAAGGGAACAAGUACAGAAGGUGUGGCUCACUUCAUGCUGAUGCAGUGCCUCGGUCUGCUGGCCACUGAGAAUCCGGCAGGGGUGGUGCCCCACAUAAAGGCCAUAUUGAGCCGUAGUCAGCCACAUCUAGUCGGGAUACGGCAGGAUCACAUCAAGCAGGCACAUGCCUAUGCCAUCGGUAGAUUCAGUGAGGCUCUACUGGAGGAGAGCGGCAAGAAGGAAGAGGAGAACUGCUCCACGGAGAUCAGUGUGGCCUACGAUGUGCUCUUCAAUCAAUGGCUGCACUCGCGGGAGCCAAAGGUUUGCGUGGAGAUACUGCAGGCCCUGUCCAGCAUGUAUCCACUGCUGCCAAAGGACCGGAUUCAGGAUCAGGCCGCCCGAUUGGUUCCCCAGAUCCUGGCGCUCUACCGACGCAGUGUGGACAGGAAUGCCGUGACGCAGUUCCUCUGCUCCGUGUUAAAAACGAAUCUGGCCUUGAAUGCCACAGUCUUGGAUGGCAUAAUUGACGUGUUGGUUAAUCAUUUGUUCGACCUGGUCUGCGUUUAUCCGGACUAUGAGAAACCGCAGACGGUGAAGGGUCACUACGAGGUGCUGCGUUGCUUCCACCUCCUGGCCGGUCAUCAUCCCUACUCCACGCGCAUUAUGGACACCCUGCUAAUCCAUCUGCGGAACAAUAGCGAACGCGAGAGGAUGAAGUCCCUGCUAAUACUCACGCACCUACUCAACUCCUGUGCAGCGAAUAUAGAAAACCGGAUUCCAGCCACCAUUGAGUGCCUGAAGCAACUGAUCCUCAGCGAAAGGGGGAUCAAAAUGAAGCUAACGCUGCUAAAAACCAUUGUGGCUCUCGCCCAAAAGUCCCACAUACGGGACAAGGAGUUUGUGUGGUUCGUGGUGAGGCACAGUUGCCGGUACUCAAAGCCGAGUCAGGAGCACGGCAGCCAGGAGGAGCACGCCAAUCUGGUGCUGAGCUGUGAGAACACCCUGUAUAUGCUGGCCUCCACGGUGGGCACCUUGGAUGAGUUGCUCAAGAGGGAGCUGCUGAACUACUUGAUCCUACUGGACUACACGGAUAUUUGCGGGAAUCUCGCCAAGUGCCUGGCCAGUUUGUUUGCCAAAUCUCCGCACAUAGAGUACGAUAUUGCGGGAGACGAUGCCGUCACGGAGCAAGCCACACCGGAGAGUAUGGGCGCUGCUGGCGAAGAUCGCAGUGUGAUCAAGCGCGGAAAGGUUAUGGUCCCUGGAGCCGAGACGAUUUACGCAAGAUGUCUGGCACUCCUGGGCAAUCAGCAUUGCAUUAAACGAUGCUCGAAUAUUCUGAGUUUUCUGCGAUACUACCAUCCUCAGGUGAAUCCCGCCCUGGAGGAGCUGUGGGAACGAAAGAUACCCGAUCUCCUGUUGCAAAUCAAUAGGGAGAGUGCCUAUCGCCAGCUACUUCACGAUUUUGUGUUGGAAACGAAUGAAUUUCUGGGCGGAUUGGAUGAGAACUUUGCGCAACGGCUGGCCAGUAAGUUGGCGGAUCAGAUGUACUUGUACCCCAUGCAACUACCCCCCUCCGAGUGGCAAUUGCCUGACCUCAGUGCCGAGCGAGGCAUGCUGCUGCAGGCGGUGGCUCUCACCCUUCUCCAGGUGACCGAUGUGGCCUGCAUCCACACCAAGAUCGAUCUCAUUGUGACAACUGCCAGGCAAGAAAGAUUGGACAAGCACGUUAAGCAUGCGGACUACGAAAAGCGCAUUGAACCCUGUGCCAGAGCCUUGGGCUACAUUUCCCGCCAACACUUGGGGCAUCUGAUCAAAAAGCUGACCGAACUGGCCCAAGUCGGUGGGCGAAAGCACUCCACCGGUUUCUUUAGCAAUCUCCACUUCAUCAAGGAUACCCACAAGGAGCUAGAUAACUACAAGAGCAACCUGCUCGUCGUCAAGGCUUUUGGUCGCAUCAUGGACGAAGCCGAUCCGUUACAAUCCAUUCAACACCUGGACGAAGAUGACACAUUGCUGGGCUUCCUCAUCCAACAGCUGGCCGUGCACAAGGACCAAACAAUCAUGUCGGCUAUCCUGCAGACGCUUCUCAGCAUCUGCAACCAGUUGAUAGCCACCAAGGAGCAGCUGCCGGCUCCUCUGCGUCAUCGAAAGCAGAUCAUGGAGACGGUCUUCAACAUCCCCAUCGAGGCGCCCUUCCACGACCUUCCCCUUCUGCCCACCAUUCUCAAACUGGGCACGGACUUUAUACGUAUAGGUGGAUCCGAUACCGAGGAGUGUGUGGACGGCGGGGUGAUCUUCGAGAUCGCGUGCCGCAACUUCUUCGGCUGUGCCCAGCAGCUCAAGAUGAAGUUCGACUCUCAGGAGGAGGAUGAGCGCAACAGCUUCCUGGCAAAACAUCUCAAUGAAUCGCUGCCGCAGUUGAAUGCGCUGGUGAGGGCCAUCGUCGAACUGGAUGCUUCGCCGGCCACGCUGGAUCUGAUUAUUGGCAUCCUAGAGGGCUGGACAAGGGAUCGCAACUCCGAGGUGCGAAUCUGUGCCAGCCACGUGUUCAACAACACCCUCGAUGUCUACAUCAAGUCCAUGAAAAUUGGCUGCGAGGCCCCGUCGAAGUUCAAUCAGACUGGUCAGAUGCUAGGCAAGAUUGUGCCCAGGUGCAUCGAUUCGAAUGGCACGGUGCGGCAGGUGUCCGUGGAGAUCCUGCAGAAGACGCUGGAGAUCGCGUGCAUCUACGAAACCCUGACGAUAGCCAGCAUCGACAGCACUGCCGACUGGCUGAAGGAGAUCGAGGCCAUCAAGGAGCACAUAAUCACCGACGAGCCCAAGCAAAUCUACAAUCUGGCCGGCGAUAUCGCCAAGAUUAUUGCACUGCGUAUCUCCAGCUUUCAGUACCUACAGUUCUGCAAAACUCUACUUCAUUCGCUGCGUGAUCCUGAGCAGAGUUCCACCAUAGGCGCCAGUGUUGUGCUCAAGUUCUUUAUCCAGCUGAAGGGUUCUGAGCUGUUCCACGCCAUUCCCGACCUGGUUCGCGACAGUUUGUUGGCGUUGCAGGUGUGCGAGGUGCCCAGGGCGAAGUCCGGAGUGCUCAAAGCUCUGGUGGCCCUCACCAAGCACCAUCCCAAGUUGGUGUGUGCGGAAAUGCUGUCGCAGCCGCUGCCGUACGACGCCAAUCUGGUGGAGUACUGGCACCUAGUGUGCAACGACCCGGAGUUGACGGGCCUCACGCUGGACAACUUCCUGCAGCUGCUAAGUGGUGCUUCCCUCCAGGAAGGCGGUCAGGAGGCAUAUCUUUCCGAACGCCAGAAAUUAGCCAGCGGACAGCCGUUUGCCAUUUUCUGCGCUCUGCACGAGAUGCUGCCGUGCAAGGAUAUCAAGGGGCAACUGGAAACAAGGUUUGCGGACAUGUUCUGCAUGCUGCUCACUUCGCUGAGCAGCUACACCAACUUGGCUGCACCGAAUCCUGUGAACAAUGCCUCUCUAAGUCCCAACCAGACGCAAUCGGGCAAAACCAAAUUCGGUUUCGUGCCCAACAAGGAGCUGAUCAAGCUCAAUCCCUGCCAAAUAGCACUGGAAACUUUUCAGGCCUUCCUGACCAAUCUAGAAAUGGAGCAAAUUGCCAGCGUGCUGACUGUGAAUACGCAACUGGCGAGCAGCGCGGAUUGGCACAACUACAUCGAAUUGCUGACACCGAUGGCCAUCGGUCUGGGUCAACAGCUGCAGCUGGAAAGUCCGCAGAUGAGGCAACUGGUCAACUCGCUGAGCAAAUAUGUGGCUUCACCAUACGAUGGUCAAAGAGUGGCCGCCGUGGGUCUUUUCUCACGAUUGGUGCCACUGAAACCCACCGGUGAGCUAGCUGCGUCCAUACUGCUCCACCUCGGAGCCGCGCUAUCCGAUCCCAAUGCGGUGGUGCGAGGUCUCAGCAUCCAGAGCAUGGGUUACGUGGGCCAGUUGGGAGAAAAGGAGGCGAAGCGCUACUCGGAAACUGCCAUUGGUGCUCUGUUGAAGGGAGUCGACGACCCGGUGGGCGAUUGCCUAAUCAACAUUCCGCUGGAGAGCAUGCGCGGUCUGUCUGGAAUACUGCGAGCAUUGCCCAGCGAGCGGGUGGAGUCAUUCCACGUCUCCCUCGCCAUCCGGAUUCGACCGUUCCUCGGCAACUAUGCGCUGGAGAUGCGAGAGGCGGCCAUCCAACUGUUUGGCGACAUAUGCGAGGGCAAGCACGAUGACGGCAGCAGUUCACCCACAUCCUCGAUGGAGGCAUUGAGAGAGCAGCUCAUCGCCAAUCUCUUUCCGUUGCUACUGCAUCUCAGCGAGAGCGAAGUGGCUAUUGCCUCGGCCUGUCGCGGAACACUGCAGCGGGUUUGUCGUCUCCUAACAGCUCCCAGGGUCGUGGAGAUGGCGGAUCAGCAGUUGGGCGAGGAACGAGGUCACCAGCUCAACUACAGCAGCUUUGUGCUGGAAUUUGUCAAGACAAUAGCACUGGAGCUGACGGAUCACAUCCAGGACUUCAUCGAUUCGUGCCUGCCGCAGUUGCGUAGUCAGUGGCCCGAGGUGCGAGGCAGUGCAGCCAUCGUAAUUGGCAUCCUGCACAACUUCCUCAGCGAGAGAAACGUCCAAACGGAAACUGUGGCCAGCAAGAUUGCCGUGCUGCUCAAGGACGAACAGGCGCUGGUGCGGAUGAGGGCAGCCACCGCUCUGGGUUACUUUUUUGGGGACAUCUAGAGCAUCCAGGGGACCAACUCGAUUAAUUAGAUGUGCAGUUUUGUUGUGUGUGUGUUUGUAAAUUAUGACUUAGUAUUGCUCCAAGUGUGAUCCCUUUGCCUCAGCAAUCGUUCCCUUAUUAUGUUUGAUAUGUAACUCUUUGUUUUGUUAUGUAAUCGAAAGUCACGUUAUAUACUAUACAGCAUUAUUUAUAUAUUUAUAUCCAUGUUUAUGCGGAGCGUUUUGCAGCUUUAAGACAGUUGGAAGUUAUAGGAACUCGUAUUCGACAGAAGACUUUGUUACGGACAAUAAAUUACUUCAUAUUAUACUGAGUCUAUUCGAAA